UACGCUGCCCGAGCUAGUAAAGGUUAAAUUACGUUGUGGGCGUAGCGGGUCCUUGUAAUGGCGACCGUGCCGUAGAUGUGCCUAGGUUUGUGAAAAUGAAGCGAAGAAGAAGUUAUUUCUUUUAAGCAAAACGCCGAGGUUCCCCAGAGGAGGACUUUGCGUCUACAACUAUCAUCCUUACAAGUGGUAAACUUAGCUGUACUUUUGAACUUUUGUGCCCUUUGAAAUGAUGAAGCUCAAGUCAAACCAAACCCGGACGUACGACGGGGAUGGUUACAAGAAGCGGGCCGCCUGUCUGUGCUUCAGGAGUGAAACUGAGGAGGAGGUGCUGCUGGUGAGCAGUAGUCGACAUCCUGACAAGUGGAUAGUCCCUGGAGGAGGAAUGGAGCCCGAGGAGGAGCCCAAUGUCGCUGCAGCUCGUGAAGUUUGUGAAGAGGCCGGAGUGAAGGGGACUUUAGGUCGCUUAGUUGGAGUAUUUGAGAACCAAGAGAGGAAACACAGAACAUACGUCUAUGUUCUUAUUGUAACAGAGGUCUUGGAGGACUGGGAGGACUCGGUUAACAUUGGGAGAAAAAGGGAAUGGUUUAAAAUAGACGAUGCCAUACAAGUGUUGCAGUGUCACAAGCCUGUGCAGGCCACCUACUUUGAGGCUCUCCAGGAGAGUUGCCUGACCAGUAAUGGAACACCUUUGGUGGCCACGAUAGGUGGGGACCUCUCCCCUACCUACAGCAUCAAUCAGAGCUCCGUCUCGGGUAUCAGAUAACUAAAACCAUAACUCUCAUACCCCCAGGAGCUUUUGCCACCACUUGCGCUCUUACUUGUAUCAUGUCAUUUCUCUUCUCUUCUCUUCUCUUCUCUUCUCUUUUUUGUCUCAAUAAAUGGUUUGCCUUGCCAACUCCUUUGUGCCAGAACUGUGGCACAGACUUGAUGACAAGUGUUGGGUGAAUAGUCUAAAACACUUUGUAAAUGUAAUUUUUGACCCCCUCUUUUUUUUUUCUUUUUACUGACAACUGCAUGAAAUGUCCCCUCGCUCCCCUCAUUCUCGUUCUUUAAUGCGCCCUUAGCGUGGUGUUUAUUGAAUGCAAGAACUACUUUUUACUGUUGUAAUGUAAAAGUGUAUAUUUAGUGCUUAAGCUGAAGGCUUUUGGUGGUCUUUUUAACGUUUCCUCCAUUUUCUUUUAUUUUCCUGUGAGUGAAUGUGCCCAUUAGUGUACUCCCCCCUGUUAUAAGGAUAGGAAAUGUUAUCUGUAUCUGAAUGAACAGAGCUGUGGGAAGUGACUUGUCUUGCAUGAGCACUGUUUUGUUGCGUCUCACUCACUCGAGUGACCUGAUGCUGACUGUGCAACAGAUUUGUGGUAAGGUCUUUGGUCUUUUUUGGUCUUUCUCUUCAUUUUGGUCCUUAUUGUGGUUAUUGAUGUCUCUUUAAUAAGAAGGAUAUGGCCCCUCACUAGUCUUUAAAUUUCAAGUGUCAAGUGUGUUUCUCUCUCAUUUGGGAAGCUAGCCAAGCACUACAAGUCUCACUCUCAAACAAAGUAUAGAUACUGUGAAGAGAGUGAAAGAAUGUCAGCAUAAAAUGUAAAGUGAACCACCUUUCUCCUCAGUGUCUUUACCUCUUUUUAAAUCCCUGUUUUGUUUCCUUUUUUAAAAUGCUUUUUUGUGACUAACUACAAAGUCUUCCUCCACAUACUGAGAGGGUAGGAGUAGUAGAUAACAAAAUCAUAGACUUGUAAUUUCAAAUUUCAACACAUAUCACUUAAGUUAUUAAAACCCAUUUCCUCAUUUUACUCCUCACAUUCAGUUUGGUUAAGAGCAAUUGUUUACAUUGUGUUCGUAACAUAACACAGGUGACCAGUGGGCACUUUUCAUUUUGGUCGUGUUUUUUUUUUUUUUUUUUUUUUUUUUGUUGAAAAACCCUUCCCUUAGUAUUUAAUCUGCAUCCCCAAAAACACUCAACACCUGCUUGACAUUGAAAGUAAUGGAAUCUAUAAUGCUGUCUUUGGCAAGAUGCAGAACAAACAAGCCUUGUACAGUUUGAGACCUCGUUUUUAACAUGUAAAAUGCUUUUGGAUACUAGUUUUUGUUUAUUUGUUUUUCUCUCUAACGUCUGGCAAAAGUCUCUUAAGCCGAGCUGCGUCACUUAGCCUCGAUGUGGCAUGACACAGAUGGCUCAAUACUGUGAAACUGGAGGCGCUGUAGAUAGCAUGUUAGAGGUUUUUAUUGUAAAUUGUUUAUUUCUGUAUAGAUCAAAGGCGAGACUACAAAUGACAAAACUCCUCUUACGCAUCUGUGAGUUGUACAUGUCAUUUCAACUGAGGCUGGUAGAACUGAUUGAAUUCAUGGCGUUGGCUUUGAUUGAUGGAAUGGAAUUUUUUUGAGGUAGCAUACAGUACACAUGAGGCUAAAGAACAAGGGAUGAGGCUGUACUUGUAGGUGAGAGUGAAGAUCCUAUUUAUAAUUGAUUAUGCUGAAAGUCCUAUUUUUUUUUUUUUUUUUUUUUAAGACCAAAACAAAUUUGUAACUUUUUUUCUCAUCUUUGGCCAAAUUAUAAAAUUAAGUACAACUGCAGUCAGAGAGUUUAGAAGCAUAGCAGACUUUUUUAAAAAUAACAAUAAUAAUAAUAACAAUUUAAAAAAAGCAGUGCUCCACUAUGCCCAGUGUAUUUUCCCAUAGAGGGUUUCCUGAUACAAGAUACUGAGGUUUUCUGUCCACAUUUAAACCUAUAAUAACAUAUUUUGUUGGCCACUUGGGGGUGGAAACAAGCUGUAAGGCCAACCUUGACAUAUUGUCACUUUAUUGGGUUUAUGGAAUGAGCUGGUUAGCCAAUAGCUGUCCCUUUGCACAUCUGGCAUAUAUAGAGCAACAUUAGCUUUCCUUUAGCACUGUUUGUGUCCAUGUGUUAAGUGCCCAGUAUUAACUCUUGUUUUAGCUCAGCUCUGGUCUCCACUAAUUUGUGAGGGAACUAACUGUGUUUACCAUUUCAUGUGAAGCAAGUAGCACACAGUUGGAUUUUUAUAGGUUUUUCUCCCCCCAUGUCUGCUGUGGACAAAAACGCUCAGUGAGAGUGAAAUGAGCUGAAAGAUGCUAAAUGCUGUUUAUUGGUUUGUAACUGCAAGCGAAUCCUUUCGGACUGAGUAGUCAUGUGUACCACUGUAAAUAUAGAAAUAUAGAUUAUUGCAGCUCUAAUUUUAAAGUAAUGUUUGUGGAUGGAUAACCUCUGAUUAGGCUUGUGUCAUGCCCCAGUGGGUAAAAGCCCUAGUUUUUGAAAGCUAACAAAACAAGUAAAACUUUUUUUCUUAAUAAUGUGGUGCUCAGUGUUGUGCUGUAGCAGAUGCACAUUUAGCUGUGAGUAAGGACUGAGAACUCCAGUAUCAUGAUUCAUCUGUCCAGAAACUGCUGGAAAAAUGAUCCCUGAUGGGACAUGUAGACUGGAAACUAGUGAAUGAAAAAGCUAACCUAGAAAAAGUUUGGGGAGACUACAGUGACAGCAGUGGUUUUCAAGUAGUGGUGGUUAUCCUUAUUCAUGGUCUUUUGUUUCAGUAAUUGUUUUGGGAGGGGGCUCAUCUGUGCCAGCAAUUCACGCUUUAGACAGUCUCCUAGUAUUGGCAUCUUUAUAAUUCCUGAAUGAAAACUUUGUUUCCUUGAACGAUAGUAUAUUUAAAAGGAGUCUAAAGUCACCUUCAGUUUGAGACUUUACACUGACUUUAUUGCUGUGUAUAUCAGAAAGGUGUGGUGGCCAAAGUCUUGCUUUAUGAUGCCCUAGCUGGCAGGUCAUGAGAUAUCAUGUUGAUUACAACUUUUAGUCUUCACUGAUAUUUGCAGUUGGGCGUUAAGGAGAUGAACCUAUACAGCUUUAAAAAAAAAAAAGAAAAACAAAAUUCGAAACCUAUCCCAGAGUAUUUGGCAAUGAUUUCAUUCACUCUUGAACGUUUGAUGCUAGUGACAGGUACUGUCAAAAUGAAUGUGAGGAGGAUUUCCACAGGUGCAGCCAGUGACUUAAUUAUUAAUGACCACUUGUUCUUUACCCAUAUUUUCUGUUUGUUCUUUUUUCUGUUGAAUUAUUGAUGAGCUAAUGUCAUGUAUAUAGCUAACACAGCACCCUUACAGCCAGAGGAUGCACUUUGGCUUUUGGUCAAUAAGAAUUAAUCUAGUUUUCUUCUCUUCUUUUUAAACUCCCCUCUAACUCAAAAGUCAGACAGUUCCUGUCCUAAAUGAAGUGAUGUGGGCUGGAGUUCAGGAGGGAAUUUAUGAAGUAAAUGUCUUCACAUUAGCACAUUGAUAUUAAUGUGGGGUUAUGAUGGAGUAAACGCAUCCUCCCCUUCUCUCUGGAGAUUUCUGCUGUAGUGAUUGGAUUUGUUUGUAUAUCACACUGAAACUCCUGAUCUUGGGGGAUGGGGGGCAGAUGACGAAUUACAGAGAGAACUUUUAGAGCUUUGCAUAAAGUCACUUCUAUAAAUUUACCAAAGGUGGUGGUUCGAAUAUGUAUUGCCCCCUCUGGUGGUCAAAGCAGAGGAUUCCAACAGUUUCCUUUAGCGCAAUGGUCAGGUGGCCAUUUUCAUCACUGAAUAACUUCAAUAACCAAAUUGACCGAAAAAGCCAUCAAAAGAUUACUCCAAAUUUUUGUGCACUUCUAGCCGUUGACCUCAGCCUUGAAGUUUCAUACUCAUAAUUGUGUUCUCCAAGGUAUAUGUGUCACUGGAAUUUUCUUUUCCUCUGUUUUGUCAUUUGGGACUGUGGAAUAAAACCAGUGUGAGAAGACUGAAGAUUGUAAUAUAAAUGUGCCAACAAAUAAACACCAGUAUUUCACA